AUGGCCGAGGAGGUGACUUACACGGAAACGUACCGCAACCAGGAUGGAAAGAAGGUGCGGAGGAAGGUCCGCCAGGUGGUCGUGAAGAAGAAGAAGCGGGGGAACGAGGACGUGGACGUGGCUGGCGUGGGAACGCUCGCGGCCACUCUGCUCGCCGCUACCGCCGUCCUCGGCGCCGUGGCGUUCCGGCUCCUGCGGCGGAGGAAACAACCAUCAGACAGCGCGCCGAAAAAGCCAGGGACCUCGGCAGGCACCGCCGCGAGCAGUCUGCCGCGCAACAGGCAGAACAAGAAGAAGAAGCAGGACAGCAAAGCACGCAGGAGGCAGGAGGGGGCCGCGGGCGCGGGGCCGAGCGCGGGCGUGCCGCAGGGGAGCCUGGAGAACUGCGGCAUCUGCGGCGGGCAGGCCACGAAGAACAAGGGCGGGUUCGUGCGCGCGAAGCUGAACGGCGUGGAGGGGGUGUUUCACAACUCCUGCUUCAAGUGCCAGGGGUGUGGGAAGCAGCUGUCAGGCCGGGGGACGUCGAAGUCGUACUACGAGCACGGCAAGCGGCCGUGGUGCAAGGAGUGCUUCGGAGAGCAGGUGGCGCCCAGGUGCUCGGGCUGCGGGAAGCCGUGCAUGGGCGGCGAGGGUCUGAACCGCCGCGAGAUGACCACCAUCGAGGCGAUCGGGCGGCACUGGCACGCGUCGUGCUUCAAGUGUCGCUCCUGCGGCACGCGGCUGCAGGGGACGUUCGUGGAGUCGAUGGGGAUGCCGCUGUGCAAGCGGUGCGGCGGGGCGCGGUGA